AAGUGAGGGCUUACCUUCCGGAAAGACGCCUGGGACUCUGGGUUUGCGCAGACGCAGAGCUACGUCCAGGCGGAUCUGGGGCGUCCCGGGCUCCUGCAACCUAAACACCCGGUGUGAAAGGAAGGAGGCAGCGGCGGGGCUGGGCGCUGCGCAUGCGCGGGCAGCUCCCCCACGAAGGGUUGAGAGAGUCGGACCGGCGCGGCCAGGCGGGCGCGGAGCGGGGUCAGGAUGGACGAGGACGUGCUGACUACGCUGAAGAUCCUCAUCAUCGGCGAGAGUGGCGUGGGCAAGUCCAGCCUGCUCUUGAGGUUCACAGAUGAUACUUUUGAUCCAGAACUUGCAGCAACAAUAGGUGUUGACUUUAAGGUGAAAACAAUUUCAGUGGAUGGAAAUAAGGCUAAACUUGCAAUAUGGGAUACUGCUGGUCAAGAAAGGUUCAGAACAUUAACUCCCAGCUAUUAUAGAGGUGCACAGGGUGUUAUAUUAGUUUAUGAUGUCACAAGAAGAGACACCUUUGUUAAGCUGGAUAAUUGGUUAAAUGAAUUGGAAACAUACUGUACAAGAAAUGACAUAGUAAACAUGCUAGUUGGAAAUAAAAUUGAUAAGGAAAAUCGUGAAGUUGACAGAAAUGAAGGCCUGAAAUUUGCACGAAAGCAUUCCAUGUUAUUUAUAGAGGCAAGUGCAAAAACCUGUGAUGGUGUACAGUGUGCUUUUGAGGAGCUUGUUGAAAAGAUCAUUCAGACACCUGGACUGUGGGAAAGUGAGAACCAGAAUAAAGGAGUGAAACUGACACACAGGGAAGAAGGUCAAGGAGGAGGAGCAUGUGGUGGUUAUUGUUCUGUGUUAUAAACUCUGGGAAACUCCAUCUCUUGCAUAUUUGAUCAGAUAGUGUCAUCUUUCUGUAUAUAAACUCUAACUGCUGUUUUAGGGACCUUGCAGUUUGCACAUAUUUGUUUUGUAUCAUGGCAGUGAAUAAUUGCGAGAAAUCCCACUCAUUGACUUUUCCAGGUAAAGCGUUAUGGUAAGCAUGCACAGUUUGCAGUCUGCAGUUUUUUAUGUAACAUAAAAUAGGUGUACCUUUAUAAGUACAUUUGAUUUUAUGAUUUACAUUCAUCAUGUGAUUUUAAAAAAAUCCACCUCUAGUAUAUGUUGGUAAAAGGUCUACUUUUGGUCUCCUUUUUGCUUAAAUACUCCUAUCAAUUAUUGAAUUAAUUGGUAUGUAGAACUCCUAGAACUACUGGGAGAUAGACAGGUAUCAUCAAACCUGGCAAAUUUCCCUUCAGAAAUAACAGUGAGCAUGAUUCCACAGCUUUUCUAGGACAUUUGCUGACGGAUUCUCUUUUAGUACUAAGCAAAAUUCUCUUUAUAGGAUAUAGUCCAGGCCAAUUUAUAAUUAUAAACCUUUGUUCUGAUGAUGCUUCCAGAAUAGCAUUGAUGUAUUAAAGUUUGGUCUUACUUUUAAUUUACUUCAAUGAGUAGCUCAGUUGCCUAACUGGAGUUUUAAUUCUGUGAUAUGUAUAUGGGAUUCAUGACCCUUUGUGCAGCAUUUUUGGUUAUGUGGUAUUUGGCAGAAUGGCAGUAGGGUUUUCCCCAUUUUGGUUUCGGAAGGACAGGAAUAGUGUGUUUAUGUAAUUCAUGUAGUACUUACCACUCUUAAAACCAACACCUUUUCCCAUAAAUGUUGGUGAUGUUUGUCCAGGUACCUCAGUUGUAGUUUGUGUAAUGUUAAUGAAUUCCUGUAUCUUAUGACUUCCAUAAAUGGCUAGUUGGUAUUCAAAAAACCUACUUCUGUGUUUUGCGGGUUGGGGAAAAAAAACACUAAAUUAUAAUUUGAGAAAGGCUUAUUGCUUCCAGAUUUUGAUGUGUGUGGGAAAAUACUGUUGCAAUGAAAAUCUUGGUAAUUUACUGUAACAAGUAGGCAAUAGUUUAUCAGAACCAACUUGUACAGACUAAUAAAUCUUUUCCACAGUAUUCAGUUUUCUAACCUCUUGCUAUUGUACAUUGUAUAUUUUUUCACUCAUAUAUUAUUUAAUUGACAUUGCUUUCUGCUAUUUUAAGCCUCCAAAGAAGUAAAUUUGUGCUUUCAGGCAGGUCAUUCUAACAUCCCUUGGUAAGAUUAAUAAGAAAUACUAAUUUCUGGGCAGUUUGUUCUCUGUAUACAAUUGCAGAUGAUAAGCAUUUUUAUGGAUCACCUUUGCAGUACAUGUGUUAAUGGAUUGGAAUGUACAUCUUCAUAUAGGAAAACAGUACAUUCUACGUGCCUCCCACUUGUUAGACUACAUUACAUAUGACUAAAGGUUUUAUAUGGUAUGUAUGUUUUUAUUAAAUAUGAAACAUAUACUACUUUAAUAUUGGAGAAAGAUAGCUAACACAUGUACUUAAGAUUUGUUGUUACAUUAAAAAUGUAGAUUUGUGUAUUUAUGUAGUUUCUGUAUUGAGACAUUUCUGUUCAUUACCUUUUGCUCCUUGAGCUAUAUAAUAAUUAUCUCUCUGUGCAUUGGAUUGUCUUGAUUUGGUCCGAAUUUGGAUAUAUAUACGUCACUUAACUUUUAAAAACUCAUUUUGUUUGAUAAAUUUAUAUUGUAACCUUUUAUAGUUUUUGAAUAAAUAUAGCCUGCUUUCCCCAGA